ACGGAACCUCCAGUUGGACAUUGACCUUGCUAACAUUAAGGCGUUAGAUAGUAACAUACAUUAUUAGUAUCAUUUUUAAAUUUAUAAGUAACAUUUGAAACAAUAAUUUUUAAAAAGAAAAAACCAUCAUUUCAUAAUUAUUGUAAUCUUAAUACAUUGAACAUAUUUCAAAAGGAUGAAACUAUCAUCAAUUUUAGAACUACUAAUAAUACUUCUUCUCAUCGCAUUUGCUGCUUACGCGAGAGUAAUAGAUCAUGAAAUUUCGGCAAACGGAAGAAUAAACAAUCAAUUGCAAAAUACUUUAGGAGUACCAUUAUCAUCUAUUAAACAAGCAACUGACAGUGUUAACAAAUAUUGUGUUUGCAAUGAAAAGAUUUGUAACUGUUGCAAAGAUUUUCAUAUUCCUCUUGUUGGAGUGAAUGGACCAGGUUGUGCGUCUUUGCAGUAUCUUCGAGAUGACAAUUUAGCAAUUCAAUUAAGCUUUGGUGAAAAUAUAUUAACAAAUACAAUAGUGAAUGGCAAAAAUCCAAAACCAGUUUGUGUUUUGAUGCCAGGAGGGUUUUCAAAAUUUUGCGGAAGAAUAUACUCUAUCAAAAGAGAAAAUGAUCGCUACUUUAAAGCAUGUCUUGGUUUGGAAUUACAAUCGGCUGCAGAUCUUGAGGCUAGUUUACGUGUCAGUUGUUUCAGAUUUGGUCCUGAUGGUUUAAAACUUCGUCCAGCUGAACCUCUUCCAACGGUAAUAACUGAUACGGUUAACAACAAUAAAGAUGAUGAUGAAGAUGAUGAUAUUUUUGGCUUAGGAAAUUAUGAAAACGACGACGAUGAUGAUGUCGAUGAAGAUGAUGAAGAUGACGAGGAUGACGAUGAUGAUGAUGAUGAUGAUAAAAAAGAUGUCAAUGAAAGUAAUAAUGUCGAAAAUUUAAAUGGUCAAGAAAUUAAACCAGUACUGUUAACAAUACCAUCAAAUGAGGACGACUCUGUUAAUGAUGAUGAGGAUGAUGAUGAAGACGAUGACUUAUUAGGUUUUAGUGCUUUAUUUGAUAUUUUCUCUAGUGAUAGUGAGAGUCCGAUAAAGAAAACAAAAGUUAGUACUUCAACUUUAUCUACACCAACAUUUACAAUUCCAUUUUUAACAGCAAAUACUCCUCAGUCAGCAUCUAAUUUACUUUUAGGAGUUGAAUUGCAAUCAUCGACUGCAAUUGUCUCCAACAGUAAUUCUGAUAUAGAUGUUAGUGAUGUUACUUUUAGACCAAAUACAUUUUACACAGAUAAUAAUUUUAAAAAUGAUACAUCAGUGGAUGUACAAAUAUAUAUGACAAAUAACACACAAGGUAAUAAUUUACACAGAAUAAAUUGUGAAAUAAUGUGGGAUAAUGAAAACAUAGACAUUGGGGUCAAUUUAAAUAAUAAAAUGUGUUUAAAUACAAAUAAAGAAAAUAUUAACAUUGAUAAGAAUGCUUUCAAUGCAACUUAUAUACCAAGGCCAAUAGUUAGUGUUUUAUCAGGAAAUAGAAAGAAAAACGAAAAGGACAGUUUAAAAAAUGAUAAACACAGAAAUAAAUUUCAUAAUGAAAACCCCACUCCUCCAGCAACAAGUAUUGAUAAUAAUCAUAGUGGUGUACUACAGGAAGAACUAAAUGAUUAUGAUAAUCAUAAAAAUGACAACGACAGUAAUGAAAAUGAAGAUUAUGAAGACGAUGACAGUGAUAAUGCUGAGGAUCAUAAUGAUGUUGAUAAUGAUGAAGAUAUUGAUAAUGUUAAUGAUGAAGAUGAUGAUAAUGAUGAUGAUGACAAUGAUGAUGAUGAUGAUGAUGAGGAAGUUGAAGAUGAUGUUGAAGAUGAUGUUGACGUUGAUAAUAAUAAUCAUAAACUUGAUUAUGAUGUUCAUGGUGAUUCUGAUGUUAAUAGUGAUGGCGAUAUUGCUGAUAUUUAUAAUGAUGGUAAAGAUGACAAUGACCAAUUUUAACAACAUUGGUAUAAUACUUUUAAUUUAGUUUUUAAAACCAUAAAAGACAAUUGACUUGAUCAAAAUAUACAAUAUUAAAAAUCAAACCUUUUAAAUUUCACAAGGCACACAAUCUACGGAAUUUAAAAAAAUGUAUUUAAUCGUCUCUAAUGAUUUACUUAAUGUGCCUGUAGCUAAAAUAUUAUUUUCAAUUGUGAUCAAUUACGCGCCUUUAAUAGCGAAUAUUUAUGUUUUGUUCAUUGUAAGCGGUUAACUUAAAAAAAAUAUUUAU